UGACGUCAUAAGGCUGCGCCGCGCUCCUCGACUGAAGUAAGGGAAAAAAGAAAAACUCCCGGUGAAGCAGUUGAGAUCCUCAUGCCAUAUAAAGAUGGCACAUAUUAAAGAGGAGAGUGAAGAUGUGAGGAUUGAAGAAGCAAUCGGAGUGAAACAAGAAGAUUAUGAGGAAACAGACCUUAUGCCACUUAAAGAAGAGUUACUAAAUGAAAACGAAUCAAAAGAAGAGAAACAUUAUGAUUUCACAACUGGAGAACAUUUUAGGUGUUCACAAACUGAAAUGACUUCUUCACAAAAAAGAGCUCAAAAGACAGGAACUACAAAUUAUUUCACCUGCCAGCAGUGUGGAAAAAGUUUUACUGAAAGUGGAAGCCUUAAAAGGCAUGUAAGAGUUCACACUGGUGAGAAGCCCUACACAUGCCAACAGUGUGGAAGCAGUUUCACUCAAAAAGGAAGUCUGAAGAGGCACUUGAGAAUUCAUUCUGGAGAAAAGCUUUUCACCUGCAAACUGUGUGGAAAGAGCUUCUUACACAAAGGAAAUCUAAAGAUUCACAUGAGAGUUCACACUGGAGAGAAACCAUUCAUAUGUGUUCAGUGUGAACAAUGUUUUACACGUAAAGAAAGCCUUAAAAACCACAUGAGGAUUCACUCAAAAGCCAACUGUUUUGUGUGUCAACAGUGUGGAAGGAGUUUCCUAAACCGCAAACUCCUAAUAACGCAUGUAAUAACUCACACUGGAGAAAACCCUUUCAUGUGCCAUCAUUGUGGAAAGAGUUUCACACUUAAAGGAAACCUCAAGACUCACUUGAGAAUUCACACUGGAGAGAAGCCUUUUAUGUGCCAACAUUGUGGAAAGAGUUUCAGACAUAACGUAAGUCUUAAGAUUCAUAUGAGACUUUACACUGGAGAGAAACCUUUCACAUGCCUUCAGUGUAAGAAGUGUUUCACGUAUCAGAGAGACCUGAAACGUCAUUUGCAAACUCAUUCCGGAAUGAAGUUGCAGAGGUCUGAGUGUGACAAAAUGUUUAGAAAAAGGAGACGCUUUAAAAACCAUCAGUUCAGUCACUCUGGAAGAAGGCGAUUUAAUCGUGAUCCAUGUCUUACAAAAUUUAUUGUGCCAUUACACUUAAAGAUACACCUGAAAAAUCAAGCAGAUGUGAGACGCUACUCAUGUUCUUUGUGUGGAAAGGGUUUUCAAUGGCUUGGCAAUUUAAAAUGGCACCAGAAAACACGUAUCUGUGUAAAAUUAAGGCUGCGUUCACAUCAUAAGUCUGAUUUUCUGCUAAAGUAAUUUAUGGCUCAUGGCUGUGUACUCCCUCCACUGAAGACUUUUUCAGUUUCUCCCAUUGACCAGUGAGACUAAUCAGAUCUCACUGUAAAGUGACAACAGUGGCCCAGUUGUCAAACUUUAGUAAACAUUCUGCUUAGUUCUGUGAGCGACGUUUUGGGCAAUCAAUUAUCUCUGAUCUCUGACCUUUUGUGUCUUGCCCUCCUUGUGCAAGGGGUCAAUGGUCGUCUUUUGGACAAAUGUCAAGUCAGCAGUCUCCCCCAUGAUUGUGUAGCCUACAGAACUAGACUGAGAGACCACUUAAAGGUGUUUUGAGUUAAUUAGCUAAUUACAGUGUGGCACCAGGUGUCUUCAAUAUUGAACCUUUUCACAAUAUUCAAAUUUUCUGAGAUAUUGAAUCUGGGAUUUUCCUUAGUUGCCAGCUAUAAACAUCAAAAUUAAAAGAAAUAAACAUUUGAAAUAUAUCAUAUAACAGUGAAAUGAAUGAUUAUAAUGUAGCUACAAGUUUCACUUUUUGAAUGGAAUUAGUGAAAUAAAUCAACUUUUUGAUUAUAUUCUAA